UGACAUACCAACGUAAAAAAACAUAAAAAACUAUGAAUGAGGAUUCAAGUGAAAAGGCUUUGCAAAGAGAAAGAAGACAAAGAAGACGGAUGAUAAUUAAUGGAAAAAGACAGCAACAACGACAUGAACCAAUUCCAGAAAUAACAAGGGAAGUGCACUCCAGUGAAAAGGGUUUACAAAGAGAACGAAGAAAAAGAAGACGGAUAAUAAUCAAUGAAGAAAUAAUAAGGGAAGUGCACUCCAGUGAAAAGGAUUUACAAAGAGAACGAAGAAAAAGAAGACGGACAAUAAUCAAUGAAGAAAUAAUAAGGGAAGUGCACUCCAGUGAAAAGGAUUUACAAAGAGAACGAAGAAAAAGAAGACGGAUAAUAAUCAAUGAAAAAAGACAACGGAGACGAAUUGAAUCAAUUUCAGGAACAGAAACUGAUAACAAGUACAAGGAUUUAGGCCCACCAGAGUAUGAAUGUCCAUAUUGCAGUGCACUAAUGUGGUAUGAAGAGAGGGUCAAAACAGCAAGCAAGAAAAACAGGACAGUCUUCAACAUGUGUUGUCGAGAGGGUAAAGUAAAACUGCCAAAACUUAAAGAACCACCAGAGCCUUUGGCGAAGCUGCUGGAUUACAUUGGGGGCAGAGCUGCCGCAAUAUUUAGACAGCUUAUUCGCAUGUACAAUGCAUGUUUUGCAUUUACUUCAAUGGGGGCCAAGCUUGAUGCUUCUGUAAACUCAACUCCCGGCCCAUAUGUUUUCAGAGUUAGUGGACAGAACCAUCACCUAAUAGGAUCACUUCUCCCAGUUGAUGACAAUCAGCCAGCAUUUGCUCAGCUAUAUGUAUAUGACAGUGCUAAUGAAAUUAGCAUGAGAGAAAGAGCUAUCUGCAAGCAUGAAAAGAGCCCGGAAUUGGAUUCAGACUUAGUUUCCGAAUUGAAAACAAUGCUUGACAAAGUUAACCCCCUAGCCCGAACCUUUCGUAAGGCACAAGAGAGAAUACAACAGUCAACGAAAACCACAUGGUCCAUCAGGCUGCUAGGUACAAGAGACAAAAAAAACAAGGCAUAUAACGCACCAACAUCAUCAGAGGUAGCCGCCCCCAUAGUAGGAGAUAUUGGCCACAACACUUAUGGAAGAGAUGUAAUAAUUGAACACAAAUCGGAGGGAUUACAAAGAAUCAGUGAGCUUCACCCAAGCUUCAUGGCUCUACAGUACCCAUUGCUUUUCCCAUAUGGUGAAGAUAGCUACCAUCUUGGGAUAGUUUACAGCAACGAAAAAGGGUCAGGAAGAGCCAAAAGGGAAUGUGUCACGAUGAGGGAGUAUUACGCAUAUAGGUUGCAGACAAGAAAAACUGAAGCACAAACUCUAAUCCGAGGAGGGCGAUUACUACAGCAAUUUAUAGUCGACUGCUACUGUGCAAUUGAAGAAGAAAGGUUUUCUUUUAUUCGUCACAACCAACCACAACUUAGGUGUGAAAUUUACAACAACCUAAGAGAUGCAAUGGUAAAUGGAGACACAACCGGGGCUGCAGUUGGAAAAAGAAUAGUUCUGCCAGCAUCAUUCACAGGAGGUCCAAGAUACAUGUACCAAAACUAUCAAGACGCUAUGGCAAUUUGUAGAUGGUACGGAAGCCCGCAUCUGUUCAUAACAUUCACUGCAAACCCAAAAUGGCCAGAAGUAGAAUCUAUGUUAAGUAAUAUAGAAGGACAAAAGCCGGAAGAUCGCCCCGAUAUCAUGGCAAGAGUGUUUAAGCUCAAGCUAAAACAAUUGAUGAAGGUUCUUAAAGAAGACCAUUACUUCGGAGUUGACGUGGCAGAUGUUGCCACCGUGGAGUUCCAAAAGAGAGGUUUACCUCAUGCACAUAUACUUCUAUGGCUAGAAGGAAAGGGAUUACAGCUCACGCCGGAAUACAUUGACAGUAUCAUACAUGCAGAAAUUCCGGACAAAGAAAGUAAUCCUGAAUUGUACGCUGCUGUAUCACGCUAUAUGGUUCAUGGACCAUGCGGUAGUGCCAAUCCAAAAUGCCCAUGCAUGAUCGAUAAGAAGUGCAGCAAGAAUUUUCCAAAGAAUUUCAAUCAAGAGACAACUAUUGAUAGCAACGGUCAUCCAAAAUACAGAAGAAGGGAAGACGGAAGGAUCAUUAAAAAAGGCGAUCAUCUUAUGGACAAUAGGUCAAUAGUACCAUACAAUCCAGGCCUACUUAUGAUGUUUGACGCUCAUAUCAAUGUGGAAUGGUGCAACACAGCACGGGCAAUCAAAUACCUUUUUAAGUACAUUUGCAAGGGACCAGAUAGGACAACCAUGAUCAUAACUGAUGACCAAGCUGAUGAAAUAAAAUCGUACCUUGAUUGUAGAUACAUCUCAGCAUGUGAGGCCGCAUGGAGAAUUUUUGAGUUUGAAAUUCAGGAAAGAAGUCCUGCAGUCAUACGCCUGCCUGUACACCUGGAAGGAGAACAAGCAGUUGUGAUAAGAGACAGCGAAAAUUUAAGCAUGGUAGUUAACAAAUCAGAUGUAAAUGAAACAAUGCUCACAGAAUGGAUGAAAACAAAUGCCAUUGACGAGAAUGCAAGGACCUUAACAUAUGCAGAAUUUCCUACAAAAUAUGUGUGGACAGACAUUGAACAGGUAGAUGAACUAGGGAAUAAAAAGAAGAAAAAGUCAUGGGCAGCCCGAGAACAACGCAAGGCCAUAGGGAGAAUCGCAUAUGUUCACCCUACAUCAGGGGAGAGGUACUACCUUCGCCUGCUUCUCAACAUUGUCAGGGGCUCUUUAAGCUUUCAGCAAAUUAGGACUGUUGUUGGACAUUUGCACCCUACGUACAAGGAAGCAUGCUAUGUUUUAGGCCUACUAAACAACGACAAAGAGUGGCGCGACGCACUACAAGAAGCAAGUCAGUGGGCGAUGCCAUACCAACUAAGGGAACUUUUUGUCACACUACUUUUAUUCUGCGAAGUAACUGAUGUAAAGACACUAUGGGAAUGCAGCUUCAAGGACCUCUCAGAAGACAUAGAGCGGAAGAAAAGGAGAUUAUUUAAACAUCCAGAGCUCAUACUUUCAGAAGAUCAGAUAAGGACAUACACGCUAUUGGAAAUAGAUAGGAUCCUGGUGAAAUUUGGAAAGUCCUUAGCAGAUUUCAAAGAGAUGCCACAACCUGAUUUGACGGGAGUGGAGUCCAUGGAUAACAGGCUUAUAGCAGAAGAAAGGCUCUAUGACAUCAAACAACUACAAGAAGAUUGGUCAACAAGAAUCAGGAGCUUGAACAAAGAGCAAUUAGAUGUUUAUGAUAGAGUAGUACAAGCUGUUGAAAAGGAUACUGGGGAGAUCUUUUUCCUGUAUGGUCACGGAGGAACCGGGAAGACAUUUUUGUACUGCACCAUCUCAGCAAGGCUCAGGGCAGAUCGGAAGAUAGUUUUAAAUGUUGCGUCAUCGGGUAUUGCUGCACUGCUUUUGCCCGGAGGAAGGACAGCUCACAGCCGGUUUGAAAUACCGAUAGACCUACUAGAGAAUUCAACAUGUAACAUCAAGCGCAAAACACAGUUAGCAGAACUCCUCCAACAUACAUCAUUGAUUAUAUGGGACGAAGCACCCAUGGACCACAGAUUCACAUUUGAAGCCCUUGAUCGCACUAUGAGAGAUAUAGUAGGAUAUAAGAAACCAGAGGCAGGAACUAAGUUAUUUGGAGGAAAGGUUGUAUUACUCGGAGGGGACUUUCGCCAAGUACUACCAAUAGUGCCAAAAGGAGGCAGGCAAGAUAUCGUCCAAGCGUCUAUAAACAGGUCCCACAUAUGGAAUUCUUGCAACGUGUUUGUUCUUAAACAGAGUAUGAGGGUACAAGAAGGGGAGGCCGAGACAGAGAAUUACAAAAAGAAUAAGAGGUUCAAUGAGUGGCUACUAGAAAUGGGUGAUGGAAGGCUUGAAGUACGAUCGGAGGACCAUGAAGCUGAAGGCACGUGGAUUGAAAUACCGGAUGAGUAUAUAGGUGACGUAGAUAUAUCUGAUCUACACGGGAUUGUGGAUACCAUUUACCCAAAUUUUGAGCAGAAAAGAUGUCAAGAGCAAUAUUUAAGGGAGAUGGCAAUACUCACUCCUUUAAAUGAUACCGCAGACACCAUAAACGAGUACAUGAUGGGUCUCUUACCCAUGGAAGAAAAGACAUACAAGAGCUGUGAUGAAGUAUGCUUAUCUUCGACUGAUGGCGAGCAACAGUUCACUGCAUAUCCCACUGAAUAUCUAAACAGUUUAAAGUUAUCAGGCUUACCACACCACGAGCUGAAGCUGAAAGUAGGAAUGCCGGUCAUGCUUCUCAGGAAUAUCAACCCACCACAGGGGCUGUGUAACGGAACUCGCCUAAUUAUAACCCACCUCGGAAAGUUUGUAAUCGAAGGAAGGAUCAUAACAGGAUCGAAACAAGGUAACAAAUAUCUAAUACCCAGAAUUGUCAUGACAUCGACGGACACCAAAAUACCAUUCAUCUUGAAAAGAAGACCGUACCCUUUAAAGCCUUGCUAUGCCAUGACUAUAAACAAAAGCCAAGGUCAGUCUCUCUCACAUGUAGGAGUUUACCUGCCAAAACCCGUUUUCAGCCAUGGACAACUCUAUGUGGCGGCAUCAAGAACAACUUCCCCGGAGGGCCUUAAGUUCUUCAUUGAUGAUUCCUUCCAAAAGUACAAAAGGCACACAAAGAACAUCGUCUACAAGGAAGUAUUUACAAACUUGCCAAGCAUGUUUAAGGAAAACAAUUGAUGGAUUCUUUUACUUGGAUGUUAUUAGAUGUUUUACUCUCUUUUUAAACAAGUAGUAAAAAGUAGUUGCUUAAAAACUCUGUAGUUAUUAAUAAUAAAUUAUGAUUGAGAUCAGUUACCAACGACCUACAUUAAAUCGAAAGAAAAUAGCAAAACAUAUUUCAUCAAAAAAACACUCAGACAAACAAACAAAUCAACAAAGACAAACAAAGAACUAAUCUAAGGAUUUAAUAUAGAAUCUGUGAAAGAAAGAAAUCUCAUCUAAUAUUGAGCCCAAACAAAAUUUAUUAUCUUCUACACUAACCAGUAAAUCUAACUCAGAAAUCUCAAUGUAAUACAUAGAAAUUGGAUGAAAUUGCAAAAAUUAGUGCAGCAAUAGUGAUAAUUCCAAGAAAUUGCUUAUCAAAAUGAAAAUGAAGAUAA